CUUGGGAAGCAGCAAAGAAUAAUGUACAAAGUUUGUCAUCGGGAAUUAGUUCUGCUAUGUCUAUAGAACAGCUAGCAGCCAUGCAUAGACCUGUUGAUCCAGUCGGCCCAGCUAUGAAAAGAAUUUUAAACUUGAAUAAACUGAUAAAAGAGCAAGUCAAACAAAGAUUAGGUUUCCAUGGGCCAAAUAGAAAAUGGAGUAACAACAAAGCAUAUACCGAUCAAAAACGUUUUCAGUCCGAUAAGCGCUGGAAUUCUACAAAUUUUAAACCAGCUGGGUUUAGGGAAGUCUAUAAAGAUUUUCGGGUUUGUGAUUUUUGCGGAAUAAGAGGACAUCUCAAGCGACGAUGCUUUAAGCGUAAAGAUUUAAAAAGGGAAGCUAUCCACUUAGUAGAUCAAAUGAAACCAGGAACUUCAGGAACCCAAAGUCUGGCUGACUUCAUAAACACCAGGCGAUCGGAAGAGACCGACAGUGAUUCGGACGAAGGUGGAAAUUGGAAGCGUUCCAAUAAGCGCCCACAGGAAUCAGCUUAGGAUGGUGGAGUCGGACCGGUUAGUUCGUCCAAAUGUAGCUUUUCCAGCCAGAAUGACUGGGAUCACGAAACAACCUGGAGAGAGCAGUCGAAAGAGAAAGCUCAUCGAUAUAUUAUCUCCCGUCAGGAGAUCAGAAAGAAGAAAAAUUCCGAAACGAGAUCAAAACUUUGUAUAUGAUAUUGAGUAAUGAUUUGUACAUUUUCGAAUUUUGUUAGCUAGUUUGUAAAAUUAUAAAUAUCAUUUGUACAAUCAAACAUUGUUAUAUCUUAAGGAGGAAGAGCUGUAAUAUCCCUAUUACGUAAUUUAAAUCUUCCUUUCAGGGUUGAUUAAGAGAAUAUAAAAACAUGAGUAUUGUUUACUCAUUAUCACGUAAACUGAAUAAGCGUGCACUUUCUGAAGUGUCACUCUAAUAAAUAGGCUGUCGAUCUGAUAGAGUUUGUCAGUGUUGAUACGCCAAGUGAACGAGCAACAACUUAGCAUCUUUACAUUUAUCCAUUGAAGACAUCCCGUUAGGAUCUGCCUUUUACUUUGUCCGCUGCCAGUUUCCCCGGUCUGGAAGUUAUAAUAAUUGUAAAGAGGCA